AUGUGCUUCAAUACAUUCGUUCAGCACAUCAAAGCUGAAAAAUACCGUCAAUUUGGGUUUUCCUUCAAAUUACUAAAUCCCAUCCACUGGUUCCAGUUUGCUGAUGACGCGGCUGUAAUUACUGGCCAAGAAUCCGAAAACCAACAUCUAUUAAAUCGAUUUUCUAUCUGGUGCCAAUGGUCCGAUAUGAUUAUCCGAGUUGACAAAUGCAAGACCUUUGGCAUUAAAAAAGCCAUCACAAAAUCAGUUCAGUACUUGCCAAAACUCCUCAUCGGCAAUCAACUAAUACCAAAAAUCCCCAUUGGAAAAUCAUUUCAAUAUUUAGGACGUUACUUUGAUUUUCACAUGUCGAAUGAUAAUCAUAAAACUGAACUAACCACCCUACUUAAUGAACUAAUGACUGAUAUUGACUCAAAGCCAUUACAUCCCAAAAAUAAACUGCUCAUCUACAGUCGCUACGUCUUGUCCAA